CAGGAAACCUCGACACACAUUCAAUUGACCCACCCACACACCCACCCCCAAUUCCUCGAUCAAAUCUCAGCCAUGCCGACGGCCAAACACGCUGCCGUCCUCCUCGCCGCAAUCUUCAUCGCCGCGGCGGCGCAACCGUCGCCAGCUCCUUCGAAGCCGCGCCGUCCAGCCGCAGCAGCACCUCCGACUGCGGCGGCGCCGGCGCCGGCGCCGGGACUGGACUGCACGAUGUACCUGACAAAUAUGAUCGAUUGCCUGAGCUACGUGGAGAACGGAAGCAACACGAGCCGGCCAGAGAAGGCGUGCUGUACGGAAUUGGCGAAUCUUGUGAACACGCAGCCGAUCUGCCUCUGCGAACUCUUAGGGCACUCUGAUCGGGUGCCCUUCCCCAUUGAUAUCAACAGAGCUCUUAAAUUGCCGUCUCUUUGUAAAGUCUCCACCCCUCCGGUUACCUUGUGUGCGGCCAUAGGUAUUCCAGUUGCAGCUCCUGGUCCAAAUGGAGCCCCUGCUGCAGGUGUUCCAUCUGGAGUUCUUAGUCCUGCUCCCGGAAGCGGUAGUAGUGAUGUUGUUCCCUCACCCAGCGUCACUGACUCUCUGUCAGAUGGUUCAUCUUCUCCUCAAGGUUCGGCUAGUGUCGCAGCUGCGGCGGUAUCUAACUACAACAAACUGAUUCAUACCGUUGGAGGAGUAUUAUCGAUUGCUUUUAUUUAUUAUUAUUAUUAUUAUUAAUGAAUUCCAAUAUAUCUAAUUCAUUAUUAUUAUUAUUAUUAUUAUUAUGGAUUUUACUUUAUCGUGUAUUAUUUUUUUAAGACAAAGGAUUUGUAAUUUGUCUGAAUUUUUUCACUGGAAGUUGGAACUGAUUCUUUCUUUCUUUCAA